AUGUCCCGUCGCCUUGGAAAGAGAAAGGGUCGAAAUGCCAUCCAAUUACUUCUCAAGAAGACCGGUGCUCUUCUGCCAUUGGCAUUGCUUUCGUCGACAUUCUUUUUUCAUUGUCGGUUAUUUCAUCGUGCAUUUGCCACUGGUUUCUUUGGAGGAGACAAGUUUCCAUCACCAGAGUCCUUACAAGGCAGCAUAAAGGACGUACCGGUACAACUCCACCUGAUGCCAGAUCGGAGCAUCGAAAACAACGUGACAACCGUUUAUCAUAUCGGUUUUGAUCGCAGCUUCGGCCAAACCAACAAUCAACUUUUCAGUCUCCUGCGCGUGCUGGACAGGAUGUUCGACGAGAGAGGGGAAUUCACGUGGGAUGGGUCGUCAUACAAUUCAACAGCAGUGGUUGCCGUUUCGAGGUGGGCUAAGAAGGUUCUUGAUUUGUUCUUGUCGACAAGACCACAUCAAAAACUAUUCCCGGAUCUUUCCUGGCAGCAAGCGAUUGAAACGCAUCAGCUGCCCAUAGUCACUUUCAAUCGUCUGAAGCUGAUACCCUCCGAGAAAGAAUUCAUUGACCUACGCAGCACAGAAGCAUACUACUAUCGAAACAACACAGUCUCCCCGCCAGUCCUCGCACAACGCCGAAAAACAAUUCUUCGCAAGCUUGUCCAGUUGAUUCCUCCUUUUCGAUACGAACGGGUAAAUCUGCUGAGAAAGUAUCUGAGGGAGCAUGGUUACGGAGAGAGGUUUGCGGCAAUUCACUUUCGUACACUCGAUGGCCAAUGCGAAUGGCGAGUUGGUCCCCUUCUACCACCACACGAAUGUUUCAUGAAGCCAGAUUAUGUGAAGGAUCUGCUGCGGUCUCAGUACGGCCCAAACUUGGCAAGGCUGCCCAUUGUGGUUGUUUCAGAUAUGCAAGAUGAUCAAGGCCUCCUCGAUCUUCGAGCAGACCAAGAGAUUGGCAAAAACGUCAUCAUCCCAGCAAUGACGGGUCCGUGGAGUAGUGCAUUGCAAGUACAGGGUCGAGAUCAUUUUGAUGUUGUCGAUGAUAUGAUUCUGGCAAUCAACAGCGAAUUCUUUUUUGGCCCACGUGUGAGCAGUAUGACUCUCAACAUCGGGAUGAUGCGAGUUGCCAUGGGUGCUCAUCCGAGAACAAAUCUGAUCUUUGUACACCACAAGUUGAGGUCUCCUUUGCGUCCUUUUGGUGAUUGGGAAGUUUGCGGGCAGUGUGUUUUCUACUGCAAUAAGAACCUCACAAACAUUUGUGGUGAUCGGGUUCCCUAA